ACAAGACCUCCCUACUGCCUCGAGCCCCUCGCUCAGCAUUCCCGAGGCUUUUCUUUCUCGCUCUUCCCCCUUUGUUUUGCCCCCCCCCCCGUCACUCGUUUCCAAAAACCAGUCACUCGCUAGGCAUCUCGCCCAAUCCCUUCCCCUCCCCCCCUUCGACAAUAAUGCGUUACAUCUCUGCUCUCGCUGCCCUGGGCGCCGCCCAGGUCGUGGCUGCCGGCAGCGGCGCCUUCAAGCCCCUCCGUGCCAUUGAAGUUCGCCAGGACCCGGAGGUGACUUCUGCCAUUGAGAGCAGCGUCGUCCCGUCUUCUGUUGCCAGCAGUGUCCUGUCUUCUGUUGCCAGCAGUGUUCAGUCUUCUGUUGCCAGCAGUGUCCUGUCUUCUGUUGCCAGCAGUAUUCAGUCUUCUGCGGCUAGCAGUGCCCAGGCUUCUGCCAGCAGUGCCCUGUCGUCUGCCAGCAGUGCCCUGUCGUCUGUCAGCAGUGCCCUGUCGUCUGCGACCAGCGGCGUCCUGCCCUCUGCGAGCAGCGUCUUGUCCUCGGCCAGCAGCGUCCUGUCCUCGGCCAGCAGCGCUCUGUCUUCCGCCAGCAGUGUCCAGUCCUCUGCCAGUAGUGCUCUGUCCUCCGCCAGCGACGUCUCCUCUCCGAGCGGCACCCCCACUUCCUCCGCGGCUCCUGUUCCGACGAACCCCACCAUCGCCGGUAACUUUGCCUACGUGGGGUGCAUUGGCUCCCCGGACGGCUUCCCGACCUUUGAGCUCGCCCAGACCUCCGAAGAGAUGUCCAGCACACUGUGCGCUGCCACUUGCGAUGGCGUCUCUCGCUUCUUCGGUCUUUUCGGAUCUGACUGCUAUUGUGGUGACGACUUGAGCGGCGCCGAGACCGUCGGUGAUGAUCUCUGCGACAUUCCCUGCCCCGGAAACGCCGCGCAAGCCUGCGGUGGCUCCCUCGCCCUCCCGCUUGUCCGUCGCCAGGGUAUUCCCACCACCAUCCUGCUGACUGUGUACAUUCGAAUCGACGGUCCCGGGGUUACCGAAACUGAGACCGUCACCGGCACCGUCACUGCCACCGACACCAUCAUCGGCACCGUUACCGGCACCGUCACCACCGUCACCACCCAGACCAUUACUCUCACUGACACGGACGGCUCCGUCACCACCGCCACGGAGACCUUCACCAAGACCCUCUGCCCGACCUGCGGUCCCUGCUACGGGCCCUGGUGCCCCCAGCCCCCUCGCCCCACGUCCACGCCCGCGCCCGGCCCCGAGCCCUGCGCCGGCGACGACUGCUACAAGAAGAUCAUCUGCUACGGCAAGUGGUGCACCUUCGACUACCCCUGCCACGGCGACUGGUGCCACCGCCGCAUCGUGUGCAAGAACGACAUCUGCUUCCCGGACCUCUGCUACGGCGGCGACUGCCACCGGCGCGUCUCCUGCGAAGGCGACGAGUGCAAGUACGCCCGGUGCGAGGGCGACGAGUGCUACAAGAAGAGGCUCGUCUGCUACGGCGACCGCUGCAACUGGGUCGAGUGCCACGGCGACGAGUGCAAGAAGAACUGGGUCUGCCACGAUGACCGCGAGUGCCGCCCCGAGCCGUGCCGCGGCGACGAGUGCUUCCAGGAGCUGCACUGCCGCGGCGGCCACUGCAGGCCGGAGCCCCCUUGCGAGAACUGCCGCCCUGAGCCGCCCUGCGACGACUGUGAGCCUGUCUACCCCGUGCCCGUGCCCGAGCCCGUGCCCGAGCCUCCUUGCGACGACUGCAAGCCUGUCCAGCCCGUGCCUGUGCCCGAGCCCGUGCCCGAGCCUCCUUGCGACGACUGCGAGCCUGUCUACCCCGUGCCCGUGCCCGAGCCCGUGCCCGAGCCUCCUUGCGACGACUGCGAGCCUGUUCAGCCCGUGCCUGUGCCCGAGCCCGUGCCCGAGCCUCCUUGCGACGACUGCGAGCCUGUCCACCCCGUGCCCGUGCCCGAGCCCGUGCCCGAGCCUCCUUGCGACGACUGCGAAGCUAUCCAGCCCGUGCCUGAGCCGGAGUACUCUCACGUCGUCGUGGCUGGAGCCGACAAGGCCAUUGCCAGCAUUGGCGUCAUGGCCUUCGCUGCCGCCGUCUUCGUCCUCUAAGCAGCAACAGUCAAUUUUCUCACACUACAGCCGCAAAUAAUCAGGAAAGGACGUUCUCUUCUUCAGGCAUCCUCAUCGUGACCCUCGCUUGUAACCAGCUUUGUGCGUCGAGACUGGUGUGGCACUCUUCCACGGAGUCAUGGGGUUUCUUCUUCAAUCUUGUUAGCCCAUGGGGGGUUUCAGGUCGGAUAUUGUCCCAAAGCAACCAUGAGAUUCGACACUUCAUUUCUUAGCUAAUAAUACACGAUCGCAU